AUGACGUCAGAUGACGACGGCGGAAGUGCAACAAGUCGAACACAGCUAAACAAACGCGAUGAGCGACGCGGACAGCGAACGGAUGGACAGCUUGGACGGAUGGGUGGCCGUUAAAAGCGAUGCCUUCGACGACAGCGAGAGCCACAAACUCAGGUUUAUUGUGGAGUGGAACGAGAUCGAGACAAAGUUCGCGGUGACAUGUCAUAACCGGACGCUGCAGCGGCGCGGAGACGCGAGCGGCAGCUGCGCUGGUCUGUUCUCCAGCGCGCAGCUGAGAUACGUGCACGCGCACCUGAGCGCCGUCCGGGACGAGCUCGAGCCGCUGUUCCCCGACCUGACGGGGUUCCGGGAACCGAGCGUGUGGGACCUGCUGUUCUCCAGCGCGCCGCGGUGCGAUGCUGACGCGCAGUGCAGGCAGCUGGAGCGGUACUUCAGCACCGCCGUGGACGCGUGCGGCCGCAUGAUCGUGCUGGACGCGCUGUUUAGCGUCACUGAGGCGGAUGAGCGCGAUUACUUCGAAAACAUGCAGGAGUUUAAAUGCAGAGCGAUGCGGGACGAGAUUGCACGCGCCAAAGACAAGCUGCGCGCGCUCGUUCAGAGUCACUCCAGCACUGACGGACUCCUGCGACUGAUGAAGAUCUAUGAGGAGGAAGAUGAAGCUUACAGGGAAUUUGUGAGUGUUGCGACUCAGUUCUACCAGAACCUUCUGCAGCCCUUCAGAGACAUCAGAGAGAUCGCCACACUUUACAAGACUGAGAUUCUGAAAUGUCUGCAGUACGAGGAACUGGGGCCGAAGCGUGUGAGUGAGCUGAAGGCAGAGAUGAAUGAGUGGAAUCAGCGCGGAGAAUCAGCCGUUCACUCCAUACAGGACAACACAGCCGACUACUUCAGAGACACGUCCAAAGCCCUGACAGGUAUGGUGAAACAGAUGGAGCAGGAUCAGAAGAGAUUUGGCCACGCCUCUUGGGCAAUGGCCACGCCCAGACAAGAGAAACUCAGAGUCCUAUUGGCUAAAGAGACGCUGCAGCACAUGAGGGCCAAAGAGAUGUGUGUCAAACGCAAGAGAGACGAGAUCCGAGAGCAGAUGCGCAGCGAGGUGAAGGCCGUGAGCGCCGUCAGUGCUCUGGAGCUGCAGUAUUACGAGACGCAGCUGGAGCUUCAUGACUGCAGGUUUGAGAUCCUGAAGAACGAGGAGCUGCUGCUGCUGACGCAGAUCCAGACCACACAGAGACAGAUCAGAGAGCUGCAGGAGCAGGUGGUGUAUUAUGACACCUGUCAGGACCCCGAGGAGCUGCAGGAUGUUCAGGUGGAUACAAGUCCCGCCCACUCACACCUGCAGCAGCAGCUGAAACAACUGGAGAGAAAAAGAGGAGCGAUUUCAUCACGCAGAGCUUACCUGAGAAACCAGCGGGAGUUGUGUGUUCAGGCUCACGAGCAGCAGCAGCGUUCAGUCACGCAGAGAUCCGAUCAGAACCGCCAACACCACUCUGCACAGCUGAAGCGAGAAAAGAGGAUAGCUGAGGAAGAGCAUCAGAAGCAGUGGGUGGAGAACGAGAGAGCAAAGACGCUCAACAGACUGCGCUGCUUCAGAGAGAGACAUCAGGGUCAGUAUGUUUUACAGACGGCUCAUGUGAAGAAAGUGUCACAUGACUCCAGCAGAGAUGAUGACUCCGAGCCCCUGUCAAUCAUCUGCCUGGGACCACAGAGCUCCACCCCCCAGAGGAAGGGGCGGAGUCAAAAGCAGCGUGAAAUCCCAGUGCAGAUUUUGCUGCCCUCUAGAGCCGCAUCGGCACAACCAGACCAGACGCCGCAGCCUCCUCCUCUUCUUCCUCCUCCUCUUCUUCCUCCUCCUCCUCCUCCUCCUCCUCCUCCACCACCUCCUCUUCUUCCUCCUCCACCCGUCAGUGAGAAGCUGCCGAUCCGAAACACUCUAGAACAAAACUCAGGAUCGAUGGACGAGCUCCUGGCGUCGCUGCAGCGCGGGCAGAAACAGCUGCGGAAGGUCACGGCCAGCGCUGAGAGUGGCGAUGUCAGAGACAGCCUCCUGUCAGCCAUCCGUCAGGGCGUGACCCUGAAGAAAGCCCCGCCCUCGCGCGCCCCGCCCCUCAGCACAGACUCAGAGUUAGAGCGGAGCAUCAAAGCCGCCAUGCUGAGGAUGAAGAAGGUCUCUAACGACUCUGACGAUGAAGAGCGUUCGGACUCGCAGGCCGGAGACUGGGAGAGUUAAACGCAACCUGAAGGCUGUGAUUCGCCAACAAACGCUGCUGGAAACACAACGGCUACAGGUCCAACCAGGAUCACUGAUCAUGAUGCUAACUUCCUUUGCCAAUGUGACGCUACAUUCACAUCUUUUUGGGGUUUUGCACUGAUAUGUCUUGUUAUUAUGUGAGAAUGCAGGUAAUUGCACUGAACAUGUCAAUAACAUUCGUGGCUCUGAUUUGAUCUUGUGUGAACGGGUUCAAUAAAGUGCCUGAUCUGGA